AUGGCAAUGACAGGAAUCGAGGCGUGGCCCAGCUGGGCAUCAACGGACGCCAGUGUGUUCGGCUCAUAUGAUCUCAGCUUUGGCUCCAACGGCCGUGAGGGCGACAGGUGUGUGGUUGAUGGGCCGUUCGCCAACUCGACGCUCCGCCUUGACCAGGCUUGGGGUGUCAUAAACUACGACGAGUACUGCCUGGACCGCAACUUCACCGAGUCCUACUGGUCGUGGGCAAAUAGCACUUACGCUGAUACGUGCUUCGCGGCAACGACGUAUGGCGACGCGUGGAGUUGUUACUCCGUGAAGCCUCUCAGCUCUGCUCACCUGGCUGUUUCCGGAACGCUCGAGCUCCAAAGCGCCAGCCCUGGAGACCCUCUGUUCUACCUGCAUCACACUAACAUCGACCGUCUCUGGUGGGAGUGGCAGCAAGCAGACUUGACCUAUCGUCUCACUGAUAUGGGCGGUCGUAACGUUCCGAGGGACGACCAUCUGCUGAAGAACGAAUGGAUUGCUCCUACUGCCGCUAUCCUUGACUACGAUGGGGACGAUGGGAACGUCACAACUUUGAACCAUGUGAUUUGGAUGUUGGAUAUUCUGGGGAACGUCACUGUUGGAGAUGUUAUGGACAUCAGGUGCGAUACGAUUUGCGCCGAGUACAUACAUGAGGAUGAAUGA